UGACGGGCCAGGACCCGCCCCCCCCGGGGUGUGUGGACAAACACUGUGUCACGGCCGUUCUCCCUCUCUACCGCCAUACUCCCGCUCUACCUUCAUUUACACAAGAAGGAGGAAGAGAGAAUGCCAUGCGAGCGCGUUUCAAUCGUGAGGAAUCCAAUGACCUUGUGACUCGCGUCAGACGGCAGACUCGCACGCCGUUCAGGAAAAACAAGUCGGUAGACAUUCUGUUGGGUUCCCUCCCUCCCUCGCUCUAUUCUCUGUCUUCCUCUUCUCAGUUGUUUCAGACACACGGGCCUGACAGCAGCUGGGGACGUUUCGCUGCGUCCACGCCACUGCGUCCACUCCACAGCGUCCACGCCACUGCGUCCACUCCACUGCGUCCACUCCACUGCGUCCACUCCACUGCGUCCACUCCACUGCGUCCACGCCACUGCGUCCACGCCCCUGCGUCCACGCCACUGCGUCCCCUCCACUCCACUGCGUCUGCGGCCCGGUCCUCGUUGGUCCUGCUCUGCCCCGGUGGCUGGUCCCGUCCCGUCCCGUCAUGGAGGGCUCCCUGCCCUUCUCCGCGCUGAACGACAGGCUGAGGCCCCACAGCACCCUGCAGCGCCUGUACGCCCCCCCCAGCGUCUGGGAGGACAGACAGACCCCCCGCCCCCUCAGGGAGGGCCCCUCGGGGGGGGGGGCCCGACCCACGCCGUACCAGGGGAGGCCCGACCCCGAGGAGUCUAACGCCGGGUCCGAAGAGCCCGCCGAGGAGGACUCGGAGACGGGGAGCUUGGACUCGGACGGCGGGUCCUCCAUGAACGAAGACCAAGGCAACCGCUCGGACCUCCUGUCCCUCCUGACCCAGUGUCUGGACCCCGCCAUGAGGCUCACAGACACCGGCUCCGAGGGGCUCGAGGAGCCGGCCGAGGGCCGGCCCGACGCCAGCUCCUCCUCCUCCUCCUCCGCGGAGAGGAGCUCCGACCUCCCCGAGGGCUCCUCCUCCCCCGCCGCCCGGGAGACGGGACGGGGAGCGGACCCACGCGGAGCGGACCGGAGCCUACCGGACCUGCUCCGGGGGAGCGGGCGGCCGCUGAGCCGACGGCGGACGCUGGGGCCCGUCUCGGACACGCUGAAGGAGGUGCGGCGGGAGGUGGCUCUUUCCCGGAGCCGCAGCAUCCGUCUGAAGGCUCAGGUGGACAAGCUGCAGGAGGAGGGCCCCGGAUGGAGCCAGCACAGAGAGAGGGUGACGGAGGAGGUGCUGUCCGUCCUGAAGCUGCUCCGUCCUCUGAGCGACGCCCGGCUGGUGGAGCCCUCGUCCAGCGCCGACCGGCUGGACGCUGGGCUCAGCCAGCUGCAGCACGUCGCCCGCUCGCUGGCCCUCAGCCACGGCAACCAGUCAUCUGGAGUGGGGAAGAGGUCAGAGGACAUGGCCAUUCUGGAGCAAGCCCUCAGAGACAGAGACGAGGCUAUAGAGAAGAAGAAAGGAAUGGAGGCGGAGUUGCUUCGCAGUAAGUCAGAGAUGAUGCAUCUGAAUAACCAGCUUCUGGAAGCCGUGCAGAAACGACUGGAGCUCUCUCUGGAGCUGGAGGCGUGGAAGGAGGACCUCCAGUACAUCCUCAACCAGCAGCUGCAGCAGCAGCAGCAGAGCCAGCAGGCGGAGGAGUCCCAGAAGAGGAGCCGCGGGGGGCUACUGAGGAGGACCAACCGGGUGCCGGUCCAGAGACCCGACCCCCCCGCCCCCGCCCCCGCCCCCAACCCGAGCCCCCCUCCUCCUCCUCCUCCUCCUGCCGUCACCAAGGCCUUCCCCUCGGACGGCUUCAGCUCGCUGUCCCGCGCCUUCAAGGACAGGUUCAGGAGGGGCAAGGUCGGUCGUCAAGGAGACCAGGAGCCGGCGGGCCCCGAUGUACAGCAGGCGUCAGCCACUGGUUUCCAGACUGUAUCGCUGGACUAAAACAGUCAGUCAAGAAUAUACUAAGAAAGACAUUCACAAACACAGACAGUCACACACACACAUUUUUAUGAAUGAUUAAUCUUGCAAUAAUUAUCGCUAAACCAUAUCCUAUAAGAUAUCUUUUUUUAUCUUUUAUUAUCUUUUAUAAUAAGUGGGUGCUUCAUAACUACCCCAAAGGAUUUGUUUUACGUUAUAUUUGUUUAGCUGACGCAUUCAUCCAAAGUGCAUUUAACCAUGGUAUAACCUAAAAAGUGAAAGAAUGGUGACACAUAAAGCAUAAAUCAAGUGCUCUUGAGUGUGUAUUGGCGUGACGGAACAGAUUAGGAUGUGUUUGCAUCUUGCUGAUUGGCCGAUAUACAUGGCUAAUACAUGACUGCUCAUCAGGUGUUUGACACGCCUUCACCCAGCGCUAAACAUGUUCAUAUGUAGCAGUAAAAUAGCUUUACAAAAUAUCGUCAUAUCAUAUUUUAAACAAAUCAAAUUUAAAACUCAGACUUAACUGAGUAACUGGUUUAAAUAUUGAAGCUUCCACAAUAAAUAUAUGUAUAUUUACAAAUCUCUAUAUAUAAAUAUAUAUAUAUGUAUCAAUACAUUUCUAUAUAAAUAUAUAUUUAUAUACACAUAAAUAAGAAAAUAUAGAUACAUAUAUAUAUAAUACAUAAAAAUAUCUAUAUUUAUAUAGAUAUAGCGUGAGGUGGAAAAAGCUACUCAAAUUAAAGUACAGUAACAUCACUGAAAUCUUUCUCAAUUCCAAGUACAAGUAUUGUAGUUAAUAUUUACUCAAGUGUAAGUACAAAGUACUCAAAAGUACUUACUCUUUUCAAAACCUACUCAAAAGUAAUAGUUACUAGUUAUUUUUUAACUGGUAUUAUUUAUUGCCUUACCAAUCAAAUGUUUUCAACUGCAAGGGGUGAUCCAAAAUCUCUAAUCAGGGUUAACUUUGAACAAUGAUUUUGAGCAUUUUUACAUCCUGUCAUAUCCAUUUUACAUCCUGUCAUAGCAAUUUUAAAUCUUGUAAAAUUGACAUCCUGUACGCCUUGAAAACGUAACUUGAAUAUAUUGGUUAUCGUGA